CAACAGCGAUAUAACGGACGUGCCGUCGAAACAUUUCCCGUUUUUACAUUAAUACUUUCGGACGUUAGAGCAACCCAGUGCUCUCUCCUUUGCUGCUUAUCUCUUCCAGCACCCAGCCAACCGUCGACAAUGUCUUUCCUCGGCGGAGCAGAGUGCUCGACGGCGGGCAACCCGCUCAGCCAGUUUACAAAGCAUGUCCAAGAUGACAAGUCUCUACAAAGAGACCGUCUGGUCGGGAGAGGGCCAGGCGGAUUGCAAGAGGGUAUGCGCAGCCAACACAUGGGCAGUGGAUCAGAUGGCAUGAUGAACGAGUUUAUGCAGCAGAACGUCCAACUACCACAAGGGCCGGGUCCUGCGUCGCCUUUCGCCAUGGAACAGAUGCGCAGAGAAUUAGAACGGGCUCAACACAGCGGUUCACCCGCAUGGGCCGCGGAAUUCGACCCGGGCAUGGAAGCGCCAGCAGCUAUGGGACCUAGCAUGCAGGAGAGACCUGCAGGCUUCAAUCCUGCAGAGUUUGCCAAAUUUCAGCAAAUGAAUCCUACCGCGCGCACAGCGAGUCCGACCGUCAAUUCCCCUUCUCCGAUGAUGGGUGGAUACCAACGGCCCAUGUACGGGAUGGGAAUGGGAAUGGGAAUGGGGAUGAACGGCAUGGGCAUGGGAAUGGGCAUGCAGCAACCAUACGGACCCCAGAAUCACCAGCAGCAACCGAUGCAGGACUCUGGCAAAGGAAAGGGUCGGAUGGUCGAGUUGGAUGACCAGGAUUGGGAAGCGCAGUUUGCGGAACUAGAAAAGACAAAUGUCGACGCUUUGGACAAGGAAGCGAAUGAGCGCAUAGAAGCAGAGUUGAACGAAAUGGACAGGCAACUUGCCAACGAGGAGAACUUUGUCGAGGGAAUGCACGUUGGCGAUAUGGAUCAGUGGGGAGGCUUCGACGGGUUGAAUACGCAUACGAUCCGUGAUCCACCAAUGGGCGACUAUCUUUUCGAGCAGAACAACCUCUUUCAGGACAUCACAAACCCUUUUGAGGAAGGCAUCAAGAUUAUGGAAGAGGGGGGUAAUCUGUCACUAGCAGCACUCGCCUUUGAAGCGGCUGUGCAGAAAGACUCGCAACAUAUCGCGGCCUGGGUCAGGUUGGGGGAGUCGCAAGCACAGAACGAGAAGGAGACGCCGGCUAUACGAGCCCUUGAGCAAGCAUUGAAGCUUGACCCGUCCAACUUGGAGGCAUUGAUGGGCCUCGCAGUCUCAUAUACAAACGAAGGUUAUGAAAGCACAGCAUACCGGACUCUAGAGCGAUGGCUGGCGACAAAGUACCCAACUCUCAUCAAGGAGCCCUUAUCAUCAGAUGCAGAAAUGGGUUUCACUGACCGCCACCUGCUUCAUGAGAAGGUCACAAAUCUCUUCAUUGAAGCCGCGCAGCUCUCCCCGACGGGUGAGCAGAUGGAUCCCGACGUUCAGGUCGGACUUGGUGUUCUCUUUUAUGGGGUAGAAGAGUAUGACAAGGCGGUAGACUGUUUUGGUGCGGCACUCGCUUCUACCGAAUCCGGUGUCUCAAACUCCUCUUCACAAGUCCAUUUGCUCUGGAACCGUCUGGGUGCGACACUGGCAAACUCCGGGCGCAGCGAGGAAGCCAUCGAUGCCUACGGUCGUGCUCUCGCAAUUCGACCAAAUUUUGUCCGUGCACGUUACAACCUAGGAGUAUCGUGUAUCAAUAUUGGCUGCUUUACGGAAGCUGCACAGCACCUCCUCGGUGCUCUCGCUAUGCACAAGGUCGUUGAGAGGGAAGGCAAAGAGCGAGCGCGGGAGGUUGUGGGAGAUGGAGUGUCAGAAAGUCAGCUGGACAACAUGAUCCAUCAAAACCAGAGUACAAAUUUGUUCGACACUUUGAGAAGGGUGUUUGGACAAAUGGGUCGCAGAGAUCUGGCGGACAUGGUGGGCCCUGGUCUGGACGUGGAGAAGUUUCGAGGCGAGUUUGAGUUUUGA